AUGGUCCUCUCUUGGCUUAUGAAUGCCCUUGCAACUGACAUUGCCCAUAGUGUCUUCUAUGCUUCCUCGGCUCAGGAUGUUUGGGUCGACCUCCAUGAUUGCUUCUCUCAAAAGAAUGCCUCACGGAUAUUUGAGAUCCGUCGUGCAAUCUCUACCCAUUGUCAAGGGACUUCUUCUUUGGCGUCUUAUUACACCAUUAUCAAAGGUUUUUGGGAUGAGCUCGCCUCAUAUAGUUCCUACCCGGAUUGCACCUGUGGUGUUACAGCACCAUUCCAAUCUCCUUCAACGGGAUUGAUUGCUGGAAUUUUUAUGGAAGAACGUCAACGGUCCAUUCUUGCAUCACCAGACUCGUCAUUAACCCAAUCCGCCCUUGCUGCUGUUGGUGAUCGCACCAAAUUGGGUAAACCAAAGCCGCAUUAUCAUUAUACUUUUUGUAGCCUUGAUGGUCAUUCGGAAUCUCGUUGCUUCAAGAAGCAUGGCUAUCCACUGAAGAAUUCUUCCAAAGCUGCUGCUCCUUCCCCAUUGAUGCCCAAUGCUCACUCCCUUGCCACAUCUGUUGUGGCACCGUUGCCUGCACCAUCCUUUAGCCAAGAUCAAUACAAUCAAAUUAUAUCCAUGCUUCAAUCGGGUAAUAACACACCAUUGGCAAAUUCUGCAAGUACUGCUCGAACUUUUCCUAUAUGGGACCUAAACACAAAGGAGUGGAUUGCGUAA